AACAUUAAGUGAUAAUAAUUAUUUUAAAUCGUUAAAUAUUAAAUAAUUAGUUUAAAAUAUUACUAAUUAACAUUUAUUUUUAUUAUUUUAAUUAAAUAACGAGUGUUAGUGCGGCUACCAACAAGAACUUUAAGUGUGCUGCGAUUUAUCAUUGAAGGCGUUAACACCCACGCAACAACGGACAACCCCACAGGACCGGGGGGUGCUUCUCGUGUCUCGGGAGGAAGGUCAGGGCUCGUUCAAAAAAAAUAACAAAAAAAAUACCUUGACUUUAAGACAUUUUUAAAAUAAGAAAUAAUAUACAUAAAAUUUAAAAAAAAAAAAAAAAAAAAAAAUAGAGAUAUAAGAUAAUAAGAAAAAAAAAAUAAAAUAUUAAGAGAUCGGCAGUAGAGUGUAAGAGUGAGACUAAAAAGUUCGAUGCCUUCCAGGGACGAUAAUCGCUCCCUAUCCACUGAGCGACGCUGGAUCCCUCCUUCAACUGUUAGACGCGAUGCUUUCACCCCAGAAAACAGAAAUGAUUUCAUCUUCCGCAAGGUGCGGGGUAUCCUUAACAAGCUCACACCUGAAAAAUUCGGCAAGCUGAGCAGCGACCUGCUCAAAAUCGAACUUAAUUCUGAUGUUAUUCUCAAAGGUGUCAUUAUACUGAUCUUUGAUAAAGCCCUCGAUGAGCCGAAAUACAGUUCUAUGUAUGCACAGCUGUGCAAGCGUUUAUCCGACGAAGCGCCAAAUUUCGAGUCACCAAAACCAACAGUCGACGGUCAGAAAGCUCAAAGUACCUUCCGUAUUUUACUUCUCAACAAGUGCAGAGACGAGUUCGAGAAUCGGUCAAAAGCCAACGAGGCCUUCGAGAACCAAGAUGACCUCAUUCCCGAGGAGGAGGAGCGCCGGCAAAUGGCCAAGCGUAAAAUGCUCGGCAACAUCAAGUUUAUCGGCGAGCUCGGCAAGCUGGAGAUCGUCUCCGAGUCAAUCUUACAUCGUUGCAUCCAGCAGCUUCUCGUCGAGAAACGUCGCCGUGGACCCCGGGGGGACGCCGCCGAGGAUAUCGAGUGUCUGUGCCAGAUCAUGCGCACUUGCGGUCGAAUCCUCGACUCCGACAAAGGCCAGUGUCUCAUGGAGCAGUACUUCAAACGUAUGAUGUCACUCGCUGAAAACAGUGACCUCCCACUGCGCAUACGUUUUAUGUUACGCGACGUAAUCGAGUUACGUCGCGACGGUUGGGUCCCACGGAAAGCGACCUCAACUGAGGGCCCGAUGCCCAUCAACCAGAUACGCAGCAACGACGACGACCUUCUGACCUCCCAACAGGCCUCCCUACAGCGCAACCUUCAGUCCCAGUACAACAACCACCAUCACCAUCGCAACAACCGCGACGACUCAAGAAUCGGCAACGACUUUCUCAGAAAAAUCGCCCGUCCCGGAAUGGUCGACAUGGACAUCGUCGGGUCCAUACCCCUCACUCAGAGCUUCGGUAUCUCGAAUUCCUUUGCUGGGCCCAACGGGUUCUCGGGCGUCCCCCAACCUGGCGCUCCGGGUCAAGGUGGCGCCAACGUCGGGUACGGACGGCGCCCUCCCGGCAACUACUUUCCCAACCAACGACAGACUUAUCCAAACAAACAGCAACACGCAGCCGCUAAUUCCUUCAACAAUAACGCGAACAAAGAGCAGUCACUCAGAUUCAACAAGAACAAGAUGCUCAUUGGCCAUCCGGAAGAAGUAUCACUGCGUCCAAGCACGACAUCUAUGCUCUUUAAGCAGACGACCAUAAAACCUCUGCCGAUAACCAACGAUCUGUUUCCCGCACGCACAGAGGCGCCACUGUUGAGAGCCACUACGCUCAAGACUCCGCCAUUGAUGCACAAGGACGCGGCCCCGAUUGUAAUUAAGCAGGGUCCGUUGGACAAGAGAGAGAAGGCCAGGGACCGCAAGGACAAAGGCCCCACGAAAGAGGAAAUUGUCAAGAAGGUAAACGCGAUGAUGGACGAUCUUAAAAAUGUUGAUGAUAUCAACCUCGGCGACGCCAUGGCCCAGUUCAAGGACCUGAAGAUUCCCGAGCGAUUCAUUCGCAACGCGAUCGCGACCAUUUACGGGAACACGCUGGAGAGGGGGGACUCGGAGAGGGAGUUUGCGGUUAAGUUUGUUGCUGAGCUGAGGAAAGAGGGCGUUGUCCAGCCGGGGCACACCAUGGACGGGUGGAAGGAGCUGGUGGCGGGAAUCGCUGACAAGGAGAGCACGGUACCCUGUGUUGCGAGUCAUGUCGCUAGUAUCACGGGCAAGGCCAUUGUCAAUAAUCUUAUGAUGCUGCAUGACUUGGCUGUUGUCACGGAAAAUGGCGCCCACCAUCCGCUAUUUUUGCUGACCUUGCAGCAGCUACACAAGACACAGGGAAAGGCGGUGCUGACACAGAUAUUUAACGACAGCAAAGUUAACUUGAUGAGCCAGCUGCCGGAGGCGGAGAAGACCAAGGAAAGAUUGGGAACUAUUCUUGAGGACAGGGAGCUCACUUUCCUGUAUCCGUUGCUGAGGAUCCAGGGAGAUAUGAGCAGGCAAUUGGAGAGCGAUCCUAGUCCAAAUGCAUUUUAUAAAUGGAUUAAAGAUAAAUUACAUCCGGCACAUCAUGCUGAUCCUGGUUUUAUUAAUGCUUUGAUGACUGUUUUACUGCAAUAUAUUACACGAGAAACAACAUUAGCGCCUGGUAUCGAUACAACAGUCGUACCAGACAAAACACUACAAGAAAAAGAACGUGGAUUAUUACAAAAAUAUACACGUGUACUCGAGUCAUUUUUAGUAACAAUCGAUGCACAAGUAACAGCCGUACAUUCACUUCAAGUAUUUUGUCUUUCGCAUAACUUCCCGAAGGGCAUGUUGCUCAGAUGGUUCGUUGCGCUUUACGAACUGUCAAUUAUCGAUGAAGAGGCUUUCAUUAAGUGGAAGGAAGAUGUCACCGACGCUUAUCCUGGCAAAGGACGUGCAUUAUUCCAAGUAAAUAGCUGGUUAACUUGGCUGGAGCAAGCGACGUCUGAGGAAGAAGAAGAUGAAGGUGACAAUUAAGAAGCCUUACCACCAAUUGAAUAAAUAAAUUAAAUUAACAACAACAACAACAACAAUUAUCGAAGUAAUGAAUGCUGGUACAUUUCAAUUUUUUCAUACCAGAAAUAAUGAAUGUAAGAAAAAAAAAAGAAAAAAAAACAAACAAACAAGCAAUCGUCAGUUUUUCUUUUGGGUUGGAAUCGAGGCAGUGUUUUUUUUUUUUUUUUUAUGUGUCCGACAUAAGAGUAACGUUUGAAUCAAAUAAUAAAAACGAUAAAUAGAUUAAACACAAAAAAAAAAUAGAGGAAAGUGCAUGCCAAAAGUCCAGCAAUUUCUUUUUUUAGAUCAAUUAAUUAUCGUUUUCUUUAUCCCUUUUUUUUUUUUUUUUUUUUUUUUUCUUAAGUAGCGCAAUUGAAGAAAAAUUUGUUUGUAAUUUUAAUUUGUAAACAAUUAGUUGUCUUUAAUUAAUUAAUUAAUUAAUUAUUGAUUAUUAUGAUUAUAAUUAUUUUUUGUGUCUAGUAUUUUGUCUUUUUUUUGUACGUCAAUUUAUUUGUCGAUUAAUUGAAACAAUUAGUUAAUUUAUUAAUUGAUUGUUUUUAUUAAUUUUAGUAAAUGUUAAUUCUGUGUAUCUUUUACAAAAAAAAAAUUAUAUAUAUAAAAAAAAAAGUUAAAAAAAAUAGCAAAAUAUUCAAUAAAAGUAAAAAAAAAUUGAUAAACAAAAAAAAAUGAAGCGUAAAAAAAAUAAUUGAAUAAAAAAUCGAACAAUCGUAAGAUUAAAAAAAACAAAAAUAGUCAAAUAAUUCAAUUAAAAAAAAAAAUUUUAGUUCGAUAUAUCGAUUGUUAAAUUCGAUAAAUCGAUUUUAUGAAUAAAUCGAUUAUUAAACUUUCAGUGUAUCGGUUGUUAAAAAUUUGAUAUAUCGAACUUGGUAUUAUCGAUGUUCUUUAAAUCUAUUAUUUAAUAUCGAUAUAUCGAACUAUGUGAGUUUCGAUGUAUCGAUUUUUUUAUAAAUGUCGAUACGUCAAUUUUUUUUUAAUAUAUCGAUUAUUUAAUUUGAAUUCCGCGAUUUUUUAAUAGAUCGUUUAUUAGAUACUUCAUAUCUCGAAACGUAAAUAAUCGAUUCUUGAUUUUUCUUUAUCGACUGUUUAUAAGUCGAAAUAUCGAUGUGUUGAUCGAUUAGUAAAAAGUCGAUGUAUCGAACUUUAAAUUUCGAGAUAUCGAUAUCUUAAAUUUUAUCUUCGAUGUAUCGAACUUGAUCAUUUUAAUAAAUCGAUAUCUCAAAUUUUCAAACUUCGAUUUAUCGAACUUCAAAAUUUUGGUAUGUCGAUAUCUCGAAGUUUAAAACUUCGAUAUAUUGAUAUCUCGAAUUUUCAAGUAUCAAUAUAUCGAUCUUUAAAACUUUGUAAUAUCAAAACAUCUCUAACUUUAAAAUCUCGAUAUCUCGAAAUUAAAAACUUCGAUAUGUCAAUAUCUCGAAUUUCCAAAUCUCAAUAUAUCGACCUAUCAAACUUCAUUAUAUCGAAACAUCUCUAACUUCAAAAUAUCGAUAUCUCUAACUUCAAAAUUUCGAUAUAUCGAUAUCUCGAAUUUUGUAAUUUCAUUAUGUCGAUCUUCAUACCUUCAUAAUAUCGAAACAUCUCUAACUUCAAAAUUUCGAUAUCUCGAAACUAAAAAUUUCGAUAUAUCGAUUUAAACUCGAUUUUUUUUUUAAUUGUAAAUUUUUUUUUCUCUUCACUAAAAUAAUUAAAAUUAAUAAUUAACAAUUAAAUAAUAACAUUAAUAUUAAUAAUAAUAAAACUGGUGUAAUUUAUUAUAAAAAAAAAAGCAAACAAUUGUAAUUUUAACUUUUAAUUUAUCUUAAUUAGUAUAAUUAUUAAUUAUUAACAUUAAUCAACCAAUCAAUCAACUCUAAAAAAUCAAUAUUAAUUAUUAAUUAAUAAUAACAAUAACAACAAAAUCAUAUCCUUUUUCAUUCUUCCCUUUGAUUUUUAUUCAUCAGUCUCCCACUCAUUAAUCAACAAAAAAAAUUAAAAAAAAAAUUUAUUUGUCGGACCGUCAGCCCGGCGCUCAAUUGUAAAAAUAACAAAUGAUCAUUAACUAGUGCAAUAAUUAUUCAUUUAUUUCUCUAUGACUUUGAUAAUCAUUAAUUUAAAUUUUUUAAUCGACAGUUUAAUUAAUUAUGUAUAUAAUUUAUUUUUAUUUAAUUUAAUUUUUUUUUGUUAAACGCCGGGCUGGGGAGUUUGAAAAAAAAAAAAAAUAGUUUAAUUUAAUAAAAAAAAAAUCGUAUAGAAACUCAAAGACUUUGUAUCCAAACAAAAAAAAUAAACAUAAAUAAAAAAAAAAAAUUAUUCUUUUUUUUUUAAAUUGUAGGAAUUUAUGAAUGUUGUAGUUAAAAAAAAUAAAAAACAGUUUAGGUCUAGACCUAAACUAGGAGUAAUUAUUAUUUAAUAUUUUAAUUAUAAGCUCUGCGAUUUGUUUUAUUUAAAUUUACUUAUGAUUUAUUUGUUUGAGAAAAAUGAUGUAUGAAUGUCAAGGUAUUUUUUUUUUAAUUGAAUAAAAAUAAAUUUAAGUUACGAAA